AGUUGUGGAAAGAUUGUCUCUGUGGACUCUGCAUUAAUACAAACAUAUUAUGAGCUAUACCUCAACAUUUGUAGUGUAAAAGCAAACAAUCACCGUGUUGUUAUAGAUGCAGAUAAGCAAAAUUCAUUCUCCCCACUGUAGACGUCAUACUGAAUGACAACUAAAAUUAACCCAGCAGCCCUUUUUCAACAUGCAAACCAAACAAAUCGCUCACCCAUCCGCUAGAACGCACUCUUGUGCACCAUUUUCUUGUCACUGUUUUCAGUUUUGUAAUUUUUUUCCACUUUUCUUUCUUUUUUUUCAAUUUUUACAUUGUUCUGCUUCGAAUCCACGUUGUGAACCAUGUCUGUGCGUUGUUUACCCACACACACACACACCACACAACGGUCAAUACAAAAGAUGCUGUGAAAGAUGCACACUCUCACACACAACAACAAAAAAACGGGCCUUUGUUUCCAUUCAUCCCUCCCCUCCCACCCCCUUUUUGCGAUGACGCGAGAUGAUAAAAACGGCAAGGGAAAACUCGAUUGUGUUACUCGAAUUUUGGGAGAAAAUUUCAUUCAACGCACAACGGCACACGCCACAACACUGCAGUAACGUGCUGAUAGUGUGUCUCACAGAGAGAGAGAGAGAGUGAGAAAGAGAGAGAGAGAAAAAGAGCAGGGGUAAACGAGAACAAACGACACCGACGACGCAUUGUGUAUAUUAUAUCGUCUCGUCUUGCGUAUACACAUUCUUCUUAGCCAGUACGACGGUCUUGGGCCUGCUGAGGAUUCUUUUUGAAGGUGUUUGUUGCUUUUUUCUUCCUCUUCCUUCCGGUUGGUUGUGUGGAAGGAAAGGUUUUUCCUUCACUCUAGCCGCGCGAGCAAAGACGCAAGACGAGAUGACGUGAAAUGCGUUUUGUUGGGUAAAUUUUAUUCGUCUACCGCUUGUGUGAAAGCAAAGCGUAUGCUGUAAUGCUUGAAAUCAUUUCUUCCAAUCGGAAAUCAAUAUGCCUGCACGAUGGUGAAAUAUUUCCUCUGUAUCUUGUCCCAUUACAAGCAACGUUGAAAAUUUUCCUUUCGUACCGCAAAAAUGAAAUGAAAUUACGACCAUUUAGUUUAUUUGUUUUUCCUAAACACACACACACACACACACAAUUGACUCACCGAAGCGAAACGGUGUUUUCUCGUUCGCGGCUUUUCUGUCCCUGUUGACGGACUUUGAUUGAUCGUUAGAGGCCAAUCUGCACCGGCGAUGAUCUUUUGAGCAGGCCCGGAAAAAAAAAUCACAUCCACGCGCGACGCGAACGAAGUCACGCGUUUGUUGAAUGUUUUUUUUUUGCGGUUUUUUCCAAACAUUUUACGCGUAUCAGUGUAGGAAAUGGUGCCACAAAAAAUAUAGGCGAAACACCUCCACAUGCUUCAACAUUCCCGAUAACACUUCUUUUAUCCUUUCCUGUUUGCUGGCUGCCAAUUUACCCAGAGGCACUCGCAGCUGUCAAUCAAGUGCCGCCGGUCCUUUCGUCAAUUCGUCAAUGUACCGCACGAAUAUCCGCACACGAUUGUUGGUUUGUUCUAUUUUUUUGUUUUGUUUUUGGUUAAGGUAAUAAAUUAAAUUUCUGUCACUGUGUAUCCAUUCAACAGUAUAUCAAAAACUCACUCUAUUAUGAGAAUUUUUUUUCAUUUAAAAAGAAGAAUUGGAACAAAUUGUUAGAAUCAUGUUUUGAAAAUUGAAUCAAAACACUCAAAGAAAAUGAAUCAUUUUAUCCUGCCAAAAUCAUAAUAACUCCAUCUAUUUCAUUGCAUUAACGGGGUGUUUUUUAUUUGUUUUUUGUCUCUCCAUUAUCCACUUAUCAGCUGAAGGAUAAUCCAAUGCCAUGGCCUUGAAUAGCUGACGUACUUUUAUUUGACAUUCUUUCCGCUGGUUCGCAUUUUUUUUUCCAUUCGAUAAAAAUGUCUUCGUCAGCAGUUUGCUUUCAUUCGCUAAUGGCAGGCACUUUCUUUCCAUCUCAUUUACCAGCGUUUGCUGAUGACGCUUCCAUCUCAUUUGACAGCGACAAAUCAGUUCCAUUCGGGGCUGAUAAGCUUGCAAAAAAUCAUCUCCAUUUUUUUUUGUGUGUCCCUUUUGCAUUUAUAAAUUCAAUCAAUUUUGUUCGCUCCACUGCACGGGAUGGAAAUCGCUUUGCGUGUGUUCCAAAUCCAAGUCUGCUCCGCGCUUCACACAAACAGCUCAAGUGCAGAAAGUUAGCAUUUUGCUUCAAAAUUCCCUUGAAAGCAUUUUAAGUUUGCUCAUAAAUCACCGCACUAUGAUAACAAGCUACUUCAACACGUGUUUUCCAUUCGGCGAUUAUUCGCCAUUGCCCCCCCACCCCCCUUUUCAGUUGCGUCGCUCGAAGCAAAGGAAACCGAUUUUGAACCACUGCCAACGAGACACAUCACCAAAAACCCUGCAUUACACAAUAAUGCAUUCUAACGCGAAUUCUGCUUUGGGUGUUUGGAAAGGUUAGAUGCCAGUGUGUUUAACCUUCGCUCCAUGGCUUAAGGGACACUCUCGAGGUAACGUGUUUCGGUUAAUGGUAUUUAAAGCUGUAAUUACUAUGAGUCAUACUUUCGCUUCAUACAGAUAGAAAUGCUAUCAUAGCUGCAAAAGAUAACCAAACGAGGUUAUUACGCUGAAGCAGGUUAUUAGACAUUCAGUUUAAAGAUAACACAUUGUAUGCAAAUGACUUAAAAAUUGAUGUUUUAAACAGCAUAAUUAUUUGGCUAAUCUAUUUUGGUCAUUUUCUUUAAUUAUGGUUUACUUACCAAUGAAAAAGAUAGCUUCUACGCAGGACAGUUUAAUUUCAUAAACACCUUCUUCGCGACACCUUUGCUGGCAUUGACACACUGCCAUUUUCUUUUUUCUUUUUUUUUUGUAUACACACUUCAAUUUGACUUUGGAUUAUUUAAAACAUAACACUAACCUACACAAAUUUACGUAAUAAGCGGCUUAUUUUUUUUUUAAACACAACAAUGGCCACAUUUUUUAAUACACAAAAAGAGAUAACUUUUUUUUACCGAACAACAACCAACACUUUUUUUCUGAGGACACACGCACAUACACACUUGAAUUUAAACAUUUAAACAACACUAAAUCGUCUAUAAUGGCAACAUUUUAUAAUACACAAAUUUACAAAUUAACCACUAAGCUUAUUGAAAAAUAGACAUCACUUUAUCACAUUCAGCAAAACACCACCAACACUUGCAUUUUUUAUUUCAAGAUACACUACAUAACACAACUGCGAAUUAUUUGCUAGCUCAGUGCACGCAUAGUACACGCACUGGUUUAAAAUAUCCUUACUCACACGCACGUACACUCCGUCGUUUGCGUACAACAAACUGCGCUGGCCACGAUGAUAACCUUAAUGUUGGAGUAAGAACGCAAUAACGUUCAUUGCCUGCACAGGUAAGAGCAGGAUGGAACAAAUCUCUUUAUCACUUAACCGCGCUCACUUAACCACACGAUACCAUUAGUCCCGAAACCGGAUUGAUGAAUUAUGACAUGUCAAAAGAGUUAAUCACGAGGUCACACACACUACCUCAACACAGCUUCCUCCACAGCGUCUUUCACAUUGCUUGUUUAAUCGUUUUUUUAAGCUUUCUACAAUAUUUUCUUUAUGAAAAAAGAAUCAGAUCGAUUUAAAACACAAACAGCGCAUAAAAUUUUACAUUUGCUUGGUAGAUAACACCGUUUUUUGAUUUUUUGGCUCCUUUCACUGUCGCAUUCAUCUUCCACUUACACUUUCUAAGCAUCACGCGAGCAUCGACACACGCUGGCACAACGGAAAACGACGCUACCAACGAUUGGAACACGUGCUUAACAAACUUCGCUGUAUAACAUCAAAUCAACACACAAAUUUAUAAAAUAAUCAUUCUUUAUAUAGAAUAUAAGGUUCGAGAAAGGACAUAACCACAAAAAGCACCACAAAACAGCUUAGAAACACGUGCAAAACCAAGAGCACUUUUUUCACUACUCAUACGCAUUGCCUUCCGAUCGAUACUGAUCACAGUUUCUCCUUAUCUCACGAUCAUUAUCUCUUCCGCUUCGUUAUCGCGACACACCUACACAGCUAUAAUUGCCGAAGCGGCCCGCCCGAUCUCAUCUUUCGCAUCUUACUCGUUCUCGCACACUUCGGUCGUCCGUGAGAGACGAAGCCUCGUGAAAAAAACAGUUCAGCAACUCUUCGCUCCUCUCGAUCUAAUCCGUUCUUACAUUAAUGCACCCAAAUCAACUCAACAAACCAAAAAGAAAGCUAAAAUAUAAAUUCAAACCAAAUACACCAAGUACGGCGGUACAUUCCCGCCAAGAAACAAUAGUGUUCAAACAAUUUCCCGGAACCCCGGACGCCCAAUUUUUCACCAGAACAAAAGAGCCAAGGGCCAGUCGGGCAUAAAAUCGAACAAAACCACUUAGCGUGGGCUAAGUGACCGCAGCGGGCCCAAAACAAAAUAGACUUAAACAGCAACCGGCUUAAGCCGCAAAAUCAACAUCCCCAUCCAGCAGUGUGAUAAGAGUGAUCAAACAUCGGGCCAGGAGUGGGAAAGCACAUUCGCUACACUCGCUGUUGCCGAGCCCGUCGCCGUCGCGAAUGCGUUGGACAAUGUCAAGGUGCCUAGCUGCGAACUGUCAACAGCGCCAUCGUCAGACCAUCCGCCGCAUGCGGUCGGUGGUCGUGUCGCAAUCGAAAGCUUUAAUAAACAGUGCAUUGUUGCUGGUGAAGCAAUAGGAAGCGUGGCUAGUGCCAUAUUUAAAUCCGUACAUGCCAAUAAUAAGCGAUAAGUUAGCGCCGCAAAAGGAGAUUUAGCUGAAGAAGCACUAGCAAAAAAGGGAGAUAGAGAGUGUACGUUUAUACUACUACCUUGUAUUGGCGCGUGAAUAAAUAACCAAAAUCGUUCGCGUGUGAUAAAUCCGCAAAAUUAUUCGUUUUAAACAUUGGCAUUUUUUUGCGUAUGUGCGCGUGAGAGUUGUCUCUGUGUGAUAGCGAGUGCGAAAGGAAACGCACCCAGGCCAAUGUACAACAUGUGGGCUCCAGAAUCGGAAAUCAACUCGAUUGCCUUUACCAACAUCCGUCAUUCGGUGUCAGCUUCGUCUGGUAUCUCGACACUCUCGAGCUGUGGAGAUCCAGAGCGCCUGCCGGAGCUACCACCAGGAGAUGAACAGCGUCUUCAGCGAGCUGCCUUGAAUCUACAACAGAAAUUAAUACUUCGCGAGUGGCUUAAGGAGCAUCGACUGCAGCAUCAUUAUUCCAGAUUGGUUGCCAUCGAGGUAACGGCACUGGAAGAUGUGUACUGGCUGGAAGAUUCCCGGGCGAGCCAAAUCCUCGGCAAGGAUUGGCCGAUCUGGUCUAGCGCGCGACAAAAACUGCCAACCUCCAAAGCCAACCUGGAAGCCUUAAAAGCCGACCUGUGGUCCACGGUUGUGAAGUCGAGCCAGCAUCAGGAUGCUUGGACGUGGGGCGGUAUGCUGGUCGUGUCGGUUUCGGUCGCCGGCUUGGUUACGCUGGCCGCCAUGACACAGCCGUCACUCGCACCGGAAGCACGCCACUCGCUGUUACAGUACGUGACCGGGAAGUAUCUGCUGCCGGCGAACUGUAAGGUGCACUGGGAUUGGGCCGAUCCGGCACGGGUCGGUGGCACGAUGUGCUUUACCGUGCGGUUCCACCAGCGCAACGGUCAGGCAUAUCCCAUCUGUGAUACGGAUCAGUUCUUCGUCGAGGUUACCGAGGGUACGCGCAAGAUCGUCACGAUCAGUGAGCUCGGUUCGCCGACCGAUCCGAACAAUGCCAACAUAGCGAAGGUUAAGUUUACGGUGCGCACUGCCGGUCAGUACAAAAUCUCGGUACUCAUCGGGUCCAGCCAUAUCGCGGGCAGUCCCUUCGUCAAGACGUUCGCUCCGGGACCAAUGGAUGCGCGCCGGUCGAGACUGAUCCGGCCGGCCAGUACGGUGGUAUGCUGUGCCGGUGCGCCCACCUUCCUGCACAUUGAGCCACGGGAUGAGCACGGCAAUACGUGCCAGUUUGAGACGGACUGUGACCCGAUCAAGGGUUACAGCAUCGACAUCUUCGAUCUCUACGGUAACCAUAGUGAUAAGUUUGGUAGUGCGGUCAGCUUCUCGUACGAUAAGGUAAACGCACGCAUUAGUCUUACGGCUCUGUUUCCUGAGCCGGUGUGCCUCCGGGCUGUGGUAAGCUACGAAGCUCACCCGAUACCGAACGGAGACUUUGACAUCAUCGUGCUGAGCAGCAGCGAUACAACGCUCGUGCACAAGAAUAUUGCCUCGCGCAAGCACAACAUCUGCUAUGAGGCCAAGCUCUUUAGCAUUUACGGCCAGCAACGGUGGACCAAGCCCCGCAAAGUACUUUGUUACGUUGGACCGAAGCAAGUUACCAUCAAGGAGAUGAUCCUUAAAAUCAUUCCCAAGCGUAUCGCAACGUUUCGCCUUUGUCCUUCCACUAAAUUCCAUUUUCUUCCACCAUCAACCAUUCAAAUGAAUAACAGUCACGGUGCGAUCUUCAUCAUUGACGAUGGCUGCCAACCGAAGAUCGAGUUGGCAUCCAAGGAGCGUAACGUGAUCGCGGCCACCUUCACACACUUCCUGCUGAAGAAUAUCGGCGGCUCGGAAACGUUCAAAGACAAGCAAGACUUCUUCUACCAUGAAGUGCGACUUGUACGUAAGUUCCAUUCCAACUAUUACCACGAGAAGCUGUCGCUGAAGGUGCAGCGGGACAAAAUACUGGAGUCGAGCAUGAAGGCGACCAAAAACUUUUCGGUAUCCGAUUGGUGCGGUAACUUUGAGGUUACAUUCCAGGGAGAGCAAGGAAUUGAUUGGGGUGGUUUAAGGCGCGAAUGGUUCGAGCUGGUAUGCAGUGCCCUAUUUGACCCCCGUGGUGGUCUUUUCUGUACAUUCCACGACAAGCGCCAGGCACUGGUCCAUCCUAACCCGAACCGUCCACCUCAUCUGAAGCUGAAGCACUUUGAGUUUGCGGGCAAAGUCGUUGGCAAAUGUCUGUACGAAUCGGCCCUCGGUGGAACCUACCGGCAGCUGGUACGAGCACGCUUCUCACGCUCUUUUCUGGCACAAUUGAUUGGGCUACGGGUGCACUACAAGUACUUCGAGCAGGACGAUCCGGAUCUGUACCUUUCGAAGAUCAAGUACAUUCUCGAAACGGAUCUGGACACCAGUGACAAUUUGGAGCUGUAUUUUGUGGAAGAGAUGUAUGACCAAAGUGGCCAACUGCAGAAGAUCGUCGAGCUGAUUCCGAACGGAGCCAAAGUGCGGGUUACAAAUGCUACCAAGAACCAGUACCUGGAUGCGUUGGCACAGCAGCGUCUCUGCAACAAUGUGCGCGAGGAAAUUGAUAGCUUCCUGAAAGGGUUGAAUGGUAUCAUUCCUGACAAUUUGUUGAGUAUUUUUGAUGAAAAUGAAUUGGAGUUACUUCUUUGCGGUACGGGAGAGUAUUCUAUCGCUGACUUCCGCGCGAAUCACAUCGUAAACGGAGGUUCUGCUGAGUUCCGCCGAGUUCUUGGUUGGUUUUGGGCUGCUGUCGGUAACUUUUCUCAAACCGAAAUGGCACGUCUACUUCAGUUCACUACUGGUUGCUCUCAGCUACCUCCAGGAGGCUUUCAGGAGCUGAAUCCUAGGUUUCAAAUAACAGCAGCUCCCACAUUUGGUAAUCUUCCAACGGCUCACACUUGUUUCAACCAACUCUGCUUGCCGGACUACGAAAGCUACGAGCAGUUUGAGAAGGCACUUAUGUUCGCCAUCAGCGAGGGAACCGAAGGGUUUGGCAUGGUCUAAACAUGGAUGCAUUGUGCUUUUACGAUGGGUAUACCAGAACUGGCACCGUUCGGUAAUCUUUUUUCUCUUAGGUGCCAAAUAUUCCCAGUGGUUUGGUUGUGUUUUUUCUCUCCUACCUACUACAUUCCGCUGUAUCGUUCAGGUUUAGUGAAGAUCUUCAGGAUGAUUGUUCGCAAAAAAGGCGUACACACUAAGCACAAUCCCAUUACCAAACUGUUCUGUGCCAAAUCCUGUCCUGACUCUAGUUGCAUUUAUGCGGAUCAGAAAGCCACCCGAAAGAGCGCACUGAUCCUUUUCUGGCUUUAGAGAAAAUAUGAUUGGGAAGUUUGAAAGAGAAAAAGAGGAUGAAACACAUGCUUAGACACCAAUUAAACGUUCAGUAGCGUUCGUUUGUAACGAUUAUAGAGCAUAUGACACACACACACCCAUCUACUGGUGUGCGCUUCCAUUAGGGGCCUCGUUGCAAAGUUUGCACCAUACGUGUCCGUUCGAUGCUUAUGCUGUGCUUAGUCGUUGCGUUGAGAGCAAUAUUUAGUGUGGAGUGUGUAGCAUAGGCGCGAAGUGGCAUACAAUUCUACUUUGAAAUCGUCAUUCCAUAAAUUUACGUUUACGUGUCAAAACAGUGAUCCACUCAGAAGUCAUUGAGUGUUGUUCCGAAUUAAAAAAAAAAGAAAAUAAUACAAAUCAAUUUGCGAAUCCAAACACAGUUUGCACAUUUUCCUCCCCCACAAAUGGUCGACCUAACACUGGAACCGAAUAUAAGCAAAACUGCUGAUUCUGUGAUACUUAAGAAAAGCUAAUUGCAAACGCCAAUGUGAACCUACUUCUAGUACCAACCGAACACAAAACAAAAACCCCAAAAAUUCUAAUAUUUAGAAAUUUAAUGCCCCUUUACGACAAAAGGCGAGGGACUUAUAAAUCCAACAAUAAACGGAUCAUUUGACAUAAAGGAAAGGCCAUUAAUUUUCCAUAAACUGUAUUUCGAUUCCAGUUACUGUGAGUAAGAGCGAUAUCAAAACGAAACGGUAGUCAUUGAUGGCUAAUAAACGCAUGUUUAUCAUACAAUUAUCAAAUACUCGUUUGCCACCGUUUAACGGGGAAGGUCCACUGAUAAAGAGUGGUGAACUCAUUGUGAGGGUGUAUAAGAAGAAGGAACCAAUAAUGGAAACACAUACAAUGCUUUUAAUUCGAGUUCAAAAUUUAGAUGUUAAAUAUUUAACCUAUGUAAACGAAACCAAUAAUAUAUAUUGAAACAAAGCAAAACAAAACCACACUACACAAAUAAUAACACAAGUAGGGCCUACUAGUAGCGUAAUAAUAUUGGGCAGACAGUGGUCCGAUCGAUGGGAACAUUUUCGAACGAUCUUUUCGUUACCGUAUUGAGCAUGAGGCGUAUCGAGGAGUAAGUAAGGAAAUUUUUACAAAAAUCAUCGUAUAAAACCCCCCACACAGGCGAGGAACAUCCAAAUUACUCGAGUUACCAUGGUGAUGGUGGACACGUGAUCGGAAGUGAGAUUUUCAAAUGCCGAAACCGUUUAUUUGUAAAACCUAACACCAGUAGCAGCAUGCCAGCAAGCAGCUCGAAGUUUAAAAAGAAAAAACACACAGACACACAGACACACACAAAUACACAAACAAUUUGCCACCGGUGCGCUUAACCAUUUGCGGGUAGAAGGUGGGAGAUGCAACUUUUUUGUCCAGCGAAUGCGAUCAGAAUUGAUGUUUCACCUGAUUGAUCAUCGUGUGACCAUCGCGGUAAGCAAUAAAAUGCCGACCUGUUUUUGGUGCGCUAACUUGUGCGUGAUCGGGCGGUGGUAUAGUGUUACGGAAGGGUGCGAGAAGGGAAGGAUAAUAAUAACAAAACAUUGUUAGAUGAACGCAAUCUCUUAGGUGUCACUCUCCAAAGAAGCAAGUCAGGUGUCUGAACAGUACACUGUUUCGCAUGAGAGGAAUGAAAUAAAUAUUAGUGCAUAAUCGAACGGAUUAGGAACGGAAA